UCGAAGUGAAGUUCACUUCCCCUGUUACUUACAAGCUGAAACUGGCCCAGACGUGCAGCGUAAGAAAGGACGAAGUUGUGUUCUUAAAAAUGAGAGGGAAGUUGGUUUGUAAAGAGUUAUUUAAAUCUUAGUAAUUAUUACCAUAUUUUAGAUUCAAUUUCGGAAAAGACCUAUCAAGAACCCAAUCUUAGCAGCUAGGCGCUGCAGGAGCUGGAGACCCACUGACUUGUGUAGGAGGAUGCCCAGCGAGUGUCCAUAAGUCGUGAUGUCUCGAGAGACGGAAGGGGAGUGUCAGCAGUCCCACGGCAGUGGCACCUGUUCCCAGUCCCAAGGUGGCUUCUCUCAGUCUCAAGGCAUCUCCCAGACACACGGCGGCUCUUCACAGUCUCAAGGCACGUCCAGCUCCAGCAGCACGGCCCCCACAUCUAGCCAGUCCUCUCACUCCAGCUCAGGAACGCUGAGCUCUUUGGACACAGUGUCUACCCAAGAACUCUGUUCUAUUCCUGAGGACCAAGAGCCUGAGGAGCCUGUCCCUGCCCCUUGGGCUCGAUUAUGGGCCCUUCAGGAUGGAUUCCCCAAUCUUGAGUGUGUUAAUGACAACUACUGGUUUGGGAGAGAUAGAAGCUGUGAAUACUGCUUUGACGAGCCACUGCUGAAAAGAACAGAUAAAUACCGGACUUACAGCAAGAAGCACUUUCGGAUUUUCAGAGAAAUGGGUCCUAAAAACUCUUACAUCGCAUACAUAGAAGAUCACAGUGGGAAUGGAACCUUUGUAAAUAGAGAGCUGGUAGGGAAAGGAAGACGCCUUCCUUUGAAUAACAAUUCUGAAAUUGCACUUUCAGUGUGGAGUAAUAAAGUUUUUGUAUUUUUUGAUCUGACUGUAGAUGAUCAAUCAAUUUAUCCUAAGGAAUUAAGAGACCAAUACAUCAUGUCAAAAACUCUCGGAAGUGGUGCCUGUGGUGAGGUGAAGCUAGCUUUUGAGAGGAAAACAUGUAAAAAAGUAGCCAUAAAAAUCAUCAGCAAAAGGAAGUUCGCUAUUGGUUCUGAGAGAGAGGCUGAUCCAGCUCUCAAUGUUGAAACAGAAAUAGAAAUUUUGAAAAAACUAAAUCAUCCUUGUAUCAUCAAGAUUAAAGACUUUUUUGAUGCUGAAGAUUAUUACAUUGUCUUGGAAUUGAUGGAAGGGGGCGAGCUCUUCGACAGGGUGGUGGGAAAUAAGCGCCUGAAAGAAGCUACGUGCAAACUCUAUUUUUACCAGAUGCUCCUGGCUGUCCAGUACCUUCACGAAAAUGGUAUUAUACAUCGGGACUUAAAGCCAGAGAAUGUUCUGCUCUCAUCUCAAAAAGAGGACUGUCUUAUAAAGAUUACUGAUUUUGGGCAGUCUAAGAUCUUGGGGGAGACCUCUCUCAUGAGAACAUUAUGUGGUACUCCUACUUACCUGGCUCCUGAGGUUCUUAAUUCCUUUGGGACUGCUGGAUAUAACCGGGCUGUGGAUUGCUGGAGUUUAGGAGUGAUUCUUUUUAUUUGCCUUAGUGGAUAUCCACCUUUCUCUGAGCAUAAGACUCAAGUGUCUUUGAAGGAUCAGAUCACCAGUGGAAAAUUCAAUUUCAUUCCUGAAGUCUGGGCAGAGGUCUCAGAAAAGGCUCUGGACCUUGUCAAAAAGUUGUUGAUAGUGGAUCCAAAGGUGCGUUUUACGACAGAAGAAGCUUUAAGACACCCGUGGCUUCAGGAUGAGGACAUGAAGAAAAAAUUUCAGAAUUUGCUUUUUGAAGAAAAUAAGUCGGUGUCUCUACCCCAAGCCCCAGCCCAGCCGUCCACGAGUCGAAAGCGGCUUCUUGAAGGGGAAGCAGAGGAUGCUGACACCACAAAGCGUCUGGCUGUUUGUGCUGCUGUGUCGUGAACACUGGUUGGACAUGAAAGGAACCUGCCUUCUUGAACCCUGCUGCCAUUUUCUUUAAAUCUAUUUUUUUGUUUUGUUUUGUUUUUUUAAUAGUGUAUUGUAAUUGUGGGGAAGGUUGCUUUUUCAUGAUCAUCAAUACACAAUCCCAAACCUCGUGGAA